AUGUUAGUAUUGAAAAACAUGUUCCAUGACAAAAUAAAACCAACUACAGAAAUAAAUGAUGCAAGACUGAAACGUUGGGUAAAAGCUUUCCCAUUCACAAAAGAUAUUAUUGGUUACAUGGAAAGAAAACCAGAAUGGCUACAAAAACAUAUAUUUGGAAACGAGCUUAUUCCAUAUGGACCAGCUCUGUUUGAAGAGCUUGAACCGGAAACUCAGGAAAGAGUCAUGCAAACAAUACGCGAAGACUCAAAUACAAACUAUGACAAAAUCUUUCUAGGAUAUAGGUUACCUGAGAUGGGCGACCAGAGCCCAAAGGCAAAAAGGACAUGGGAAAUUUACAACAUACUAGGUGAACAUGAGGCAAAGAUGCAACAACUUGAAGCAGAGGGCAAGUUACCAAAAGCGACACCAAAGAAGAAGAGAAGAGUAGAACAAAGUGAAAGUAGUGAAGAAGUAACUUCAUCUAGUGAAAGUAGUGGCAAUGAAGGAAAAAGAAGAGUUAAAAACUCAGUCAGGAAGAAAGUAAAGCUUGGUCCGAGUGGGUUCUAUUAUGAUCUAUAA